AUGCCACUACUAAUGUUUGCUGAUAUUUUGACUCAAAUAAAAUUGGUAAAUUCUCAAAUCCAAAUGAAAUAUUUCCAAUUUAUUUCUCAAUUCGCUUUUUCUCUACCUAUUAUUCUUAGUCAACAAGAACAACAACUAUUCGAUAUUAAUAUAAUCUUUGAUGGAAUUGAAUCAAUUAAUUCUCUCUCAUUAUUUAAUAGCCUAAAAGUAUUCACAAAACAAUAUAUUAACGCUCUUCAAUCAACUUCAUGUGAUAAAAAAUAUCUGAACGAAUUCAAUUUACUAUUAAUCCGCUCUGUAUUUGAUUUUCUUACUACUUUAAAAGAUUCAAUGGCAACUGUUUUCUUCAUGUCAGUUUUAGAUGAAUCAGUUCUUCCAGAUAAUACAAAUGAAAAGAAUGAAUUGUCUAUUCACAACCAAACUCAAUCUCUACAUGACCUUAAUAUUAAUUUAGAUGACACUGAUACUCCAUGCGUGUCUCCACCACUUCCAGUGAAUUCUUUUAGUAAUGAUAAUUAUAAUGAAGAAGAAGAACAUAAUAAAGGUACUAUAUCAAAUGAGAAAGAUGAAUCUCAUUCUUCUAUAAAAAGUCCAAAAAAACCUCAAAUAGAAUCUCAAGAUACUUCUAUUAAAAAAGAGAUAAGAAAAAAAGAAAAUCCUACUGAUGUCUCUACUAUUAAAAAAGAUACAGAUAAACUGUUUCAAGAAAUUAAUGACUUUUUUAAACAAUCCAAAAUUGAAACACCAAAUGAAGAAGGGAUAAAAGAAACUGUUCAAUCACAAGAAGAAGAUUUCAAACAGAAAGAUAAAUCAAAUGAAAUAAAAAAAGAAGAAAAGAAACCAAUUAUCCAACAAGAAGUAAACAAAGAAAAAAAACAACCACCCAAAGAAACAAUUUUAUCUGAAGAAAAGAAAAUUAUUAUUGAUCCAUCAAAAUAUCAAUUUAUGGCAGAAUAUAAUGGAUUAAUUUGUUUUGAAUUUAAUGGACAAAUAAAAGAAGAAGAUAAAAAUGAACAUUUAAAAAAGUAUUACUUUGUUAAAGACUUAAAUCAAAAUCAUUCAUCAGUAGAACGUAGUUAUAAUAUAAUGACAAAAUGUGCAUAUAAAGAGAAAGAUGUUAUAAAAGUAAAAAGUAAUGUUUUUAGUUAUAAAGAUAUUAUUACUGAUGAUUAUAUUUUUAAUGUAGAAAAAACAUUAUUAGAAAAAAGAGGAGUAUUAGUAAUCACAAAAACAUUACCAAUUUCUAAAUCAUUUAAAGGAAAAUAUUACCCUUAUAUCCUUGGAAUUCGUAAAGAUUUUCUUAAAAAUACUUCUAAUACUUCUAUUAGUUUUCCUAAUGAACCUAUUAUUAUUCCUAUUAGAAUAAAAAGAAGUAAACCCAAAUAUUAUUGUUUUUAUUACAAUGUUUAUGAAAGAGGGAAUAUUGAUGACAUAUUAAUUAUUGAAAUAAUUAUUGAGUAA